CUUACUGAUGCCUCAUCUUCCACUCAGGAUGACCUUCUUCGUAAAAUGCCGUCCAUAAAUUCUGCAACACUAUCCAGAAACGCCUUCUCCGGUUUUCCCACUGGAGCCACCGGACAGUUGGUGCAUCUGGAACAUUUAAGCAUGGAUUACAACAAUCUUGAUACAGUCUCCACCAAUGAUUUUGCGGAUGCCGAGCACUUGCGUUCGCUUACCAUGGGAAACAACAAUAUUGUCCACCUGGAAAUUGUUGUCUUUACCACUCAUUAUGAAGCGCCUAACGUCAAACCGUGCAUUUUAUUUUCCUUGACUUUGAAUCAAGCUUCGCAAUGGAGACAACUAGUUCAACUGGACCUGUCCUAUAAUCGCAUUACCAAACUGCCUGAGGACUUUUGUGAGUUGGCCAAUCUUGAAGAUUUGGAUUUAACCAGUAACUGGCUAAAGGAACUCCCAGUUUCCAUAGGAAAACUAACCCGAUUGGUCAAACUCAAUUUGGAAUUCAAUCACAUCACUCAUUUGCCAAAGAGUAUUGGGGAAUUGGAAAAUCUUCGAGUGUUAAAUUUGGAUGCGAACCGCCUCACCAGAAUUCCUUGCGCAAUCGGAAAUCUGCACAACCUCACGAGCCUCAAGCUAGAAGAUAAUAUGAUUCAACGUCUUCCAACGCAGAUAGGCGACUUGAAGCAACUAACUCGUUUGUGCCUGAAAAACAACAAACCUUUGGACCAACUGCCCGUCGAAUUGGCUGCACUACCGCUUCUUUCCUUUUUGAGUCUAGAAGGCUGCAAUUUACGACAAAUUCCAGGAGAUAUAGUGCAAGCCGGAGCUGGGGCAGUUAUUAAAUUCUUAUUUCCAGGCGACCUGAAGCAACUGACUCGUUUAUGUCUGAAAAACAACAAACCUUUGGACCAACUGCCCGUCGAACUGGCUGCAUUACCGCUUCUGUCCUUUCUGAGUCUAGAAGGCUGCAAUUUGCGACAAAUUCCUGGGGAUAUAGUGCAAGCCGGAGCUGGGGCAGUUAUUAAA